AUGUCCAUGUGGGAAAGAGCCGACUCAGAGACGACUCAGCUGGUGAGCGCAUUCCUCGUGACGCGGCGCCGCGGCGGCCGGCGGGCGGCAGCGGCACUGUCUGUCGGCAUCGGCAGUCCGAGCCGACUCUCCGCUAGCGCCACACCGCUGGUGCGGCGGCGGCGGAUGCGUGGCGCGGGGACCCGCGUGGCACGUGCGACUGCCAGCAGUUCCGUGCCGCAGCGCAGAGCGCCGCACGCGCCGCCAUGCGACGCUAGCCCGAGCAUGCGGCUGCCGCUGCCGCUGCUCGUGCUGCCGCUAGUGCUGCCGCUCGCGCUCGUGCGCCCGGCAGCAGCCGGGAUCUGCUGGUCGGGGAUGGAGCGCGGCGGGCGCUGCAGCUCCGUGGCGGCGCUGCGCGUGGGGCGCGCCGAGUGCUGCGCCGGCGGAGCGCGCGCGCCGGCCGCCUGGAGCCCGCGCGACCUGGACAGCGGCGAGAUAUUCUUCUACAAGGCGCUCUCGGGCGGCGUGCCUUGUACUGCGUGUGCUGAGUCGUGCGCGGGCGUGUCGUGCGGCGCGGCGCGGCGCUGCGUGGUGCGCGGCGGGCGCGCGCGCUGCGUGUGUGCCGCGGCGUGCCGGCGCGCGGGCCCCGUGUGCGGCAGCGACGGCAAGACGUACCGCUCGCUGUGCCGCCUGCGCCGCCGCGCGUGCCGCCGCCCCGCCAAGCACCUGUCGCUGGACUACCCGGGCCCGUGCAGAGUGGGAAGUUGUGAAGGUGUGCGUUGCGGUGGUGAGAAGCGAUGCGUCCUCGACGCGGAGUUGGGCGCGCACUGCGUGCGGUGCGGCGGCUGCAGCGUGGCCGGCGCGCCCGUGUGCGCGGUGGACGGUCGCACGUACGCGGGCGCUUGUGCGCUGAGGAAAGCGGCGUGCGAGCGAGGGAAGGCGCUGCCUCUGGCUUACAAAGGAUCUUGUAUAGCGAACGCGACGUGCGCGCGCGUGCGCUGCGGCGCUGGCCAGCGCUGCGUGUCGGGCGGCGCGAGCGGCGCGCGCUGCGUGUCGUGCGGCGCGUGCCGUGGCGGCGCUCGCCGUUCGGUCUGCGGCUCGGACGCACGCACCUAUGUGUCGUGGUGCCGGCUGCAGCGCGCCACGUGCCACGCCGGCAAGCUCGUCGACCUGAUGCACCCGGGCCCGUGCAAAGAUAAUAAAAAUAUUACGGACAAUAGUGUGAAUGGCGAGAAACACAGGGAGGAUGUGGACACGACGCGAGUCCUAUAGUCAUACACUCUAGAAUUAGCAUUGAAGUGUUACAAUUAAAUAGCUUUGUAGGUGAACGGUGACGCGGCAAUCUGUGAAAUUGGUACGGAUUCCUGUGUGCCUAGUGGCAGUUUCCAAUGUUUUGAUACUGUGAUAGUCACAGUAUCAAAACAUUGUUACGGUUACGCGAUAGUCACGGUAUGGAAACAUUGAAAACUGCCACUAGGCACACUGAACAAGAUAUGCUCCAAAAUAAAACAACGGAGUGGGAGAGGAGUUCAAUAGUCUGCUAGUGUUAGGAAAAACGACCAUAAUAUUUUAGAAAAACGAAAAAUUUUAAACUGUUAUCCUAAGACUUGUUUCGAUACUACAAUAAAGUUUUACGGAGAUAAUCAUAUUCAUUUAUAACGCGGGAUUCGAGCAAGUUUUUCUAUGUAUUCCAGUCGAUAUGCCAGUUUAACAAAGCGAAAUUUUCGUAGUGACUUGUUAUAGAUUUAGGGAAACUCUUGAAUCUGAUGCACAUUUUUCGACUAUUGUAGAUAAAUAAUGUCUUACUAGCUAUAAAUGAAUAACACUUUACAUUAUUAAAAUUGAGCACCAAAUUGUACUUACUUAAUAUUUAGUCAAAAUGUUAAAGAUAGAUCUGUAGUUAGCACAAUAUUCGGUAUUUGUACGAUGUAUGCGUGAACUUCUAAUCUAGAAAAUCCUAAUUUCUCUCUUGUUGAUGUUCGCUAUAAGUAAGAUGUUAUUACCUCUAAAGGCUAAAUGCUCCAUAAGUUCAUAAUAAAAUUCAUAAUACCAUAGACUUCUUACAGGUUUCACCGCAUCGAUCUCCUAUUAAAAAGUGGAUGCACAAUCAGCGACCAAAAAACUUCCCCACUAAAUGAGUGCCAAACACAACUUCUUGGUGCUCAAUUCAAAUAGUCGCAUUUGCAAAUUCAACCUUAAACUCAACCCUUAAGGUUGAAUUUCCUCUGAAUUUGGGAUUUCACUGAAUAUUGGACUAUAUUUAAUGGUAUAAUUUUCUAAAAUUCUGAAACUGUCUAAGCAAAAUUGGCAAGUUUUUAAGUGAAUUUUUCUACAUGAUUGUGCAUCCUUUUAUUAUAAGAGGUUAAUGUUUCACUGCAAUCUAUAGGAGUAGGGAUAUAUUUUUCCGUAUUUUUUUUUUAAUUUUAGACAAUGGUUUUGACGAUAUUUAUAAAUUAGUGGUAUAUUUCGUCUAUUUUCUUCGAUAACUGUAUGCAAAUUAUUAAUUUGUAAAUUAGUAACUACAAUGGCAAUUUUUAAAUCAUAUGAUAAGUUCAUCCCAAACCAGGAUUCAAUCUUAAAUUGGAAUGCAACAGAAUAGUAUGUGUACGGAAAAUAUAUCUUUAUUUUAUUUAUUUAUUAUAAAAUAUCUUAUUAUUUAUUUAUAUUAUAAUAUCUUAGAGGCAAUAACGUUUUACUACUUGCUAUGUCAAUCAAUGUUCGUAGGAUAAAAUACCUUAAAACUUUUAUUGGACUGACAAAUUGUUCUUAAAAUUUUAAUAACUUUUAGUAGGUACUUUAAGACUUGAGUAAUUUUACUUCACGUAAUGUGGUUUUAACGCUUAUGCAAUAUUUAUUAUUAAGUUAUAAAGUUUUAGUGCAAUAUGUUAUUGAAAAUUGUGUGAAAUUUAUGUUUAUAAUGUUUUGUUUUAUUUUAUUUUUUAUAUACAAAUGUACGUGUCUCAGGAUCAUGAAUUAUUACGAAAUUCGGUAAAAACGUGAAUUGAAAAAAAAAAUACUUAUUUCAGUAUUAUGUGUAUGUAAGUUUAAUAAUUAUUACUUUUAUUAAUUUCAAGCAAUUUUACAUUGAAAUUAGGUGACUUUAUAGACUGUAGAUAUGAAGAAGUAAUUUAUUGUUACUUUUAAAUUAUUUCCAAAAUGUUUCCAAGAAUUUUAGUUGUAUGGAUGCCAGUCGUGGGUAGUUAAAGAGAGGUAUGUAAUGAAUGAAAAUGUCACGUGUAAACAGUAAAAUUGAGUUCUGGACGUCCUGCUUAGCUUUAAAUAGUUUACAGUAUGAUUUCUUUAAUAUAGACUAGACUAUUAGUCCACGUAAGUCUUAUUAUUAUCAUUUAAGUUUUAUUUAGUAUGAUAAUGAGUUUAAUUUAAAAUUAUUACUAUCUGUAAGAUCUCAGAUACUUAUAUGACAAAAAUAAUAUAAUCGCGGCAUAAUUAUUGAAUUUUAUGACACUAAAAGAUUUGAUCCAAAGGAAGGUAAAUGUAAUAAAAUUUUAUUUUAUUUUGUAUUAUGGUGUUUAGAUUUAGUUGUUUAGUGUUUCGAUUGCAAAUUAAUUAAAUAUGGAAUAAAUAACAUGUCUCUUAAAAAAAACUAUUAUUAUUUAUUAUUUCCAGACUGGAUUUUUUAUUAUUAUUAAUUAUUAUUAUUGGACUUUUUGUAAGCUAGUAAGCGUUAAAUAUACUCAUUAAGUUCUAGUUGAGUCAUAAUUGGUUUGUUUGGAUAUAUUUGUCUAGUCAACAAAAUGAAAAAUUCACAAAUUCUACAUUGAUUGUGGAAUUACGUAUUAUACUUAAUUAUCGUUUUUAUUUCAAAUUCAAAAACAUAUUCUAUUUAAUGUUAUUAAAAUUUAAGUCAGAUUUAAAGAUUUGCAGUCGACACAGUACACAUUUUUGGAUAACUUAAAAAAUAUUGUAAACAUAUGAGUUGGAUAUUUUGAAAAUUAUUUUAUUUUUUAUACGCUCGCUUAUAAAGUAAUAUUUAUACAAUCUCAUAUUGUGGACUAUGUUUAAAAUACUUGAAACUAUUAUUAUUGUAUCUUAACGACUUUCUCUUGUCAAUUAUUUUUGUAAAGUAUGCGUAAACCUUCGAGUACUAGCAGUUACAAUUAAAUUAUGAUUCAUUGCUCGUUGUCCAGUCUACAGCACCGGGUCGAUCAUUCGUUGAUAACCCGUUUGUUGUGAACUGUGAACGACUGAUUCUUAACGUCACUUAUGACGUGACAUGAAAUAAAAUAGCAAUAGAUUGACAGUUACUCGUGGCGUGUGAAACCGUAGACAGACAAAGCAAUAGACGAAUCCAUUCAUCCGUCGUUAUCGCUUCAAAAGUAGAACAAAUUAUGGGUGGAUUCUUUAAAAAAAUGAGACAAACCGUUUUGAAAUUCACUGACUUAAUGCGUGCCGUUUUCUCAGAUAAGAAUAAAUCAAACAAAUCGUUAUUUCAAGUAUUGGAAAUUAUAACAAUGUAUGAUUUUUUUAAAGAGCAACUGUUGAGUUUUAUUUCGGUUCUUCUCAGCAGAACCUGCCUUUCGAGACGGUGGUUGUUUUUACAAAUAAUCAAACUUGACGUUUCAAAAGUGUUUUAAACUAAGCCUACUUGAAAUAAAUAAAUUUCGACUUUUUGAAACGUGUGAGCACAAAAUUAUAGCCUCAACUUUUUUUUCAAUUAUAGGUAACCACUUAGUUAAAAAUUCAUCACAUCAAAUUCGAUAUAUGACUGACAACGACAUGCAAUCAAUUGUCUAUUUCGUCCUUUAGUCUACGGCAAAAACGCACUCGCGGAGUGGUCGUGAUUCGGUAUAAAAACAGACGUUCUACUUCUUCUUCGUCGUUACACUCUUGACAGAGUGGUCGUGGUCGUCAUUUGGGCGCGGUGGCAAGCCUCACUAUCCGUCGCCAUUCCUCCCGCAGUGUGGCUCUCCUAGAACAUUCGUGGAGCGAUCCAUGGAGAGCGGUUUUUACUUGAUCAGUCCAGCGCAUUGGUGACGUUCUACUACGUACUACCAAAAACAACUUUUCUUUAUAUCAAUUGUGUUUAAUUUAAAAUGAAAACUACAAUGAUUGUACUGUGUAAAGUUUACGCGCACUGCAUACUCGAGUUGUUAACUAUACUACGUAUUGUUGUAGUUGAACUGCUAAAUUGUUGUAGUCAACUCAUUUCGAACAUUAGAAGAUGAUGUAUAAUAUAUUUGUCCUUGUUUCUUCAUAAACAUUUUACAUGGA